UGUACCGUCAGCCUUCACGUCGCCGUGACGUUCUUCUGUUUCGUCUUGUCCUUCUCGUUUCACCCUUGCAGUUUGUUCACCGACUUUGUCACCGUUUCACCCGUUUACUUAUUCAUUCGAUUUCUUACAAAUAUCAAACGUCUUCACCUUUCAUUAAUUAACCGAGAUUCAAUGGCUUCUUUUAUACUUCUAUGUGCUACCGUGGUAAUCUAACAGUGCUAAUCAGGAACGAUUAAAGACACUUUAAAAGUUUUCCUAUUGCAAAUAGAAAGUGAUCGAAGAUACAAGUGAAGAAACAUUAGAGUGAGAAAUAAGUUAUCUGAAAAUCUUAAGCCUACAAAAUUAAUAAGUUUAUUAAUUAAUUCUGGUCACCUUUAGAAAAAUAGGUACCGCGACCUAAAGAAUCGUGCCUUGACAUCAUGCACCAAUUGAAGAUAGUUUAUUAGUGACCAGCAACGUAAAAAUCUUUGAACGAACAAUUUAUAAGUUUAAAUGAGUACGAAGGUGAGUCCUAUCUAAGGCAUCCGAUAACCGACAAUAUAAAACGAACCGUUCGAUUUGCAACAAUGAAAGACCACGCGGCUAUUUUACAUUGUCGACAAUCGCGCUCAGUGGGGCUGACCGUACGGCAGAGAUGAAAUCUCGCCGAGACUUACGUGUAUCAGCUCAGCCUCGUGCGAGACACGAACGUCUCGUUUGGGGUAGGAGAUCAGAUACGUGUUUUAAUACCAGGCACGCAAAUCAAGAAGAAAUGGAGCAUAAACAGACAAUUCUGCUUCCACCGGCGUUAAGCAACAGUAGUUGUUGGCAAAGAGACACGUCCGAAGCCAUUUGGACCGUUCCAGGACCAGCGGAAUUACUACGCGCCGCUCUAAUUCUUCUACUCAGCCUUGGUAUCCUUUGCGCGAACCUAUUAGUAAUAUGCGUCAUCAACAGCAAACGAUACAGCAAAUACAUUCACGCACAGCCAAGAUAUUUACUGACGAGUCUGGCAAGCAACGACUUCGCUAUUGGUCUCCUGGUUACACCAUUCGGCUUCCUACCAGCUGUGUAUGGAUGUUGGCCUUACGGUGAAGUUGUCUGUCAAAUACAGGCACUUCUUAGAGGAGCUUUAACUCAACAAAGUGCCGUUAUCCUCAUCUGCAUGGCAAUUGAUCGUUACGUUUGUAUGCUGCAUCCUCAUCAUUAUCAUAAGCACGCUUCUAAAAAGUAUUACAUGCGGCAGGGUUGCGUGACAGUGAUGUCAACUACCUGGAUAGCGAGUAUGGCGAUUUUUGGUGCUCUAGUGCUCCCAAGAGGAGGCUACUACUUCAACAACUCUGGUCUUCUGGCCUGUGACCCUUUCUUCGCCAGAGCUUCUCUUAGGAUCCUUGCCUGCUGCUGUUUUUAUUUUCCUACAACAAUGGUGCUGAUGUAUUGCUACGGUUCAGCCUUUCACGUUAACAAAUUACGCCUGAAAAGAGUAGUUUGUGUUAACACAGCGGAGGUUGUUAAUGGCGGACACAUAGAUAGGGUAAGUCGAGUUUGGCUCUACCAAAAAAUUAAUUUAAUCCAUGAUUUUAAGUUAAAAGACAAUUUAUAUGACAAUAAAAGGUUCUGA